AUGUCUAUGCUUCCACCACUGAAGUCGAGCCAGGAGAGGGAAGGCAAAACGACCAAAGAACCAAAAAGGUAUAAGUGCUCUGAAGCUGAGUGCGAUCGAGCUUUCACACGGCCCCAAGCUCUGAAAGCCCACGAACUCUCGCAUACUGGCGAGAAACCACAUGUAUGCUCGCUCUCCGAUUGUGGAAGAAGUUACAGAAGACCCGGAGAACUGGCCAGGCAUCUGAGAGAGGAUCACAACAAAGAGAGACCGUUCGUUUGCGACGGGACUGGAAAUUUCCCUGGGAUAUGUAGCUGCGGAAAGCAGUUCAGGAGGAAAGCACUUCUCAACAAACAUCUGGCAAUGGCGACGUCGGACAAAAUUCCUUCUUUCAACUCAUCUACGCUGCCUAUUCUAUCAGCAAAGAGAAUGCUUUCCACUGAAUCGGAGAGAGUUGAUCAGGUUGGCGGCCAAAGUAUUGAUGACGUUGAGAGAUCAUUCGCAAAGAAGUUAUGUCUUGAUACAGUCACCAAUAAACAGGAAACGCCUGAGACUAAACCCCAUGCCUACGGAGAUUCCAGCACCAUCGCCGGUCCUGCUUACAAGCAGGUAAUCGGGGCUCAAGAGAAAUCGGCUUUGCUUCAGAUGCAUCGCUCGGCGGCUGGCACUACACGUUUCUCUCCAAGAAUGAAUGGCGUGAUGUCCGCGAUACGCCUUCCAGAGGAUGUGCACUCAUUGUCGAGUCCCAGCCUUGAAAAUCAAUCACAAGAACUGCAAGCCUUAGGCAGUGCUGUUGCUGACUUGCAGGCGAUUGAUCAUUUUCGCCCAACCGCAGAAUUAGACGGACAAGAAGAGCCACAAGGGUGUUUCAGGUGCUGUACGACGAGAUGUCAAUUCGCCGAGUACUCAGUUGAUCGUGUGCUCGAUCAUUAUUCAUUUCGCCGUUCGUCCAAUUAUGCAGAUCUCGAGAGCGAAACUAAGAGUAUGAUUCUGGUCUGUCUGCAUCAGCGUUGCUAUGAGCGUCGGGUCAGCUGGAGCGCAUUAGUCCACCAUCAACUCGAAUCCCACCUACAGGACUUCCUUGAUAAGAGUGGUAUGACCGCUGUGGAGCUUGCAAGAAUCAAAAGAACUUUUAGCUUGGAUUUGACAGGACUCACAUUACCAGGAGAUCCUGAAGUAUCAGUCAAAGGAAUUAUCGACAACAUUCUGAAUUCGACUCGAUUAACCACAGAGAGCUUAACACGAGAGGGUAUUGAGAUCGAUCUUGAGGCAUUCUACUCAAAAUUAGCAAGCAGAACUCGUCGAGUCAGGUACAGUGACCGCAGUGACUUGGGCACAAAAGUCAAAAGACUUGUUUGGGAGGUCCUCGAGGAAUUCCGGCAAGAAGGCAUCAGAUUGAGAGACGAGCGAGUGGCCGCGUACGAAACGUAUUGGAAGCGACAUCGUGAAGGCCCACUACGUCCGACAGAACCACUCCCACACGGCGAUCAUUUCUCGUCAUGGGUGGACAGUAUCGACGGCCCGCAGACGAGCAGAGCAUAUGAGCUCAUAACACGCACAGAGAGAACAAUGAAACUACUGCACGACGACGAAUUCCUUGACUUGGAUGACCGUAGAAAGUUGUCCAUGCAGUGGCUUGAAGAAUCGCUGAAUUCAAUCAUCGCCGCACGAGAGUUCACCCCUUCACUACACUCAGGCGAGACUGAUCAGUCAUUCGAGGCUAUCCCCUUCUACAGCGACAAUAUCGUACCACAUUCAACUCAACAAUUUAUGAAGGCACAUUGA